CCCAAGUCUCAAAUAGCCGACUUGCUGCCAACCGCUCCGAACCCAAGUUACCGAGCGCCGUCCGCAGAGUGACCACAGACUGCCGGCCCCGGCUGUUAAAUAGCUGUGUUCGUGCAAUCCGGUCCCAUGUCGUGUCCGUGACACAGCAUCGCUGAGUUCCAUCCGUUCUUUUCAACCAACUCUCAGUCGAUUCAAGGGUGAUAGACUACAACUACACAAGCCAAGUGGAUACUCCUACUGUGGACGAAGCUAUCCAUAAUGGCAGCCAGGUCCUCUUCAAUCGUCCGCCGAGCGCUGCUCUAUGUGCCCUCGUCGUCGGAAAAGAUGCUCGCCAAGUCGUUGGGCCUAAAGUCCGAUAACGUGACGUAUGAUCUUGAGGACUCCGUGACGCCUUCCUUAAAGACACAGGCCCGGGGUCAACUUCGGUCUUUUCUCGAGAAGAAUGCUUCGCGACCACCGUUCAUCUCCGAACUAGCCGUACGGAUUAACGCUGUGGAAACCAAGUAUGCUCUGGACGAUCUGACUUCCCUCGGCGCACUCCCCAACGUCGAUGCUGUCGUAGUCCCAAAAGUCAACUCCGCCGCCGACUUAACAUACGUCACCGAUGUAUUGCGUCACGUAGCUCCCGAGAGACACGCAUCAACGUCCCAGAAUCCCAUCAAGAUCAUUGCCUUGGUUGAGUCUGCUCGGUCAAUUAUGAACCUACCCGAAAUUUGCAAGGCGUCACCCUACCUCAGUGGUCUAGUAUUUGCUGCCGAGGAUUUCGCCCUGGAUUUAUCUCUGACGAGAACGCCUUCCCUUACGGAGUUUUUGUAUGCGCGAUCAGCCAUCGUUACCGCGGCGAGGGCCGCCGACUUGCCUAGUGCAAUUGAUCUUGUCUGCACCUCAUUUAGGGGUGACGAAGGUUCGAAGCGGUUGGAAGAGGAGUCUCUCGGGGGCAAAUCAAUGGGCUUCAACGGCAAACAAUGCAUCCACCCCAACCAGGUGGCCCUUGUUCAGAAGUUGUUUGCCCCCGGCGAAAAGGAGGUGGAAUGGGCCGUACGUGUUGCAAUCGCAGACGAGAAAGCAAGCAAGGCGGGUCGUGGAGCCUGGACACUCGACGGCAUGAUGAUCGAUGCGCCGGUAACGGGGAAGGCUAAUGCUAUCAUUGCGAAAGCCGAGAAGUGCGACCUUGAUGUAGCAAGUCUUAGACAGAAGUGGAAGGGCCAGGAACCCGAGUAAUUG